AUGAAAAUAUAUCAAUUUACUUAUUGUAUAAAUAGAUAGAUAUAACAUUUCUCUAUCUCGUCACUAAUUUUAUCUAAUUAACAUGUAAAUUAAUGGCUAUAUUACGAGGUAUGAAUUGAAAACGAAUUAAAGCAGCAUCUUUAGAAAAGAUUCGAUGAAGGUAACCUACGUUUUCACGGUUAACGUUUAUGUGUAUAUACAUUAGGGAGUUUCUCAUUGUAAAAUUCUCAGCGGGACUCGUGAAACGGAGGUACGACGUUUAUUUCGAAUUUCUCUAGAUCGCACGUAGACCGCAGGGAAACGUGGAUCGUGUAUUUGCUUCUCUCUCUCUCUCUCUGUCUUUCUCUCUCUCUCUCUCUCUCUCUCUCUCUCUCUCUCUAUCUCUCUCUUUCUCUCUUUCUCUAUCUGUCUCCUUCGGUUCGUUCCUAUCACAUUGGCGUGGCGUUUGCUAACUCGUUUCACCAAACCCUCGUCGGUUCUUUCCCCCUUCGUCACGAACGAAUUCCAUAUGUUGAAAAUCGUAUUUCAUAUAUACCAGAAUCAGUAGGGUUCUAUAUUUUCAAAAUACGCUGCGAUUCUAAUCACGUAUAUUUGCGUACAUACCUGCGUAUAUGCUGAAAGAGAAAGAAAUCUUUCGGGUAGGAUCGUUGUGUUGGAUGCGUUCGUUUGUUCGAAAUUCGAUUUCGGUGUGGCACUGUAAUUAAAUUUUGUGAAUGUACGGAUGCGUGAAGACAUAGAAAUGAAUCCGAUCCAAUGGAAGGUCCAUCGAGUCUCAUGUCUCUCUCUCUCUCUCUCUCUCUCUCUCUCUCUCUCUCUCUCUCUCUCUCUCUCUCUCUCUCUCUCUCUCUCUCUCUCUCUCUCUCUCUCUCUCUCUCAUACACACACUCUUUUUUUACUAUCUAUCUAUAUAUCUUCUAUCCCACUGAGUUAAUCGAAUAAUUGGAUGAUGAAGCACGAUGCAACGAGAAAGAAAAAAGAAAAAGAAAAACAUCGUCUAUUAUACCAACGGUCUUCGACGGUUGAAAUAAUAGCGUAAUUUCUAUGAAAAACGAAGCUCGUUUGCUGGCUGAAAUAAAAAUCGGAUACCUAACACGGCGAGCUUUGAUAAAUCGAAGUCACGUGCUCGAGACGAGAAAGUCGAUUAUCUCGAGACAAAUGUGUUACCUAUGGAAGUGUGUAGGUAGGGUAUAAAGGGGGAGGGGAAUUAAUGAUGGUCGUCAUUUUCCCAUGCCGCACCCUUCAGAAAUUCGAUGUCGGUGCAUGAAAAUAUAGUACAUAUAUAUUUUUUUCUCUCUGGUUCUCUUAAGUGCAUUUUCAUGGGGUUAAUUAGAGUUACACCUAUUGGUUAAGUGCUUGAAAAUUAACGUCGAUAUCGAAGGGAAAUAUAACUCAGUGGUAAUGAGAAACGAUCGUUUUCAAUUAUUCGAACCAUUAGUGUGCUCUAACGUCGAUAUUAAUUAGCCUGCAAGUGAAGUUCACGAGCUUCGUAUCAUUAAAAGGCAUUCGAUACAAACAUGAAGGAAUGGAGGAAAGAAAGAUAUAUUUCGUUUGAGCGAACCACAUUCAGGGAAUUCUCCCUAGCUAGUGGAAAAAAUGUGGAGCUCGGUCACAGCAGCUGGCACGGAAAAUGGACCUGCACCACCUUCGAGAAGUAAACACAGUGCGGCGUUACUUGCAGGACACGUAUAUCUCCUUGGAGGUCGAAAUGGAAAUUUACCACUCAAAGAUCUUUGGCGGUAUAGUCUCGCUGAAAGCAAGUGGGAAGAAUUACAUCCUGGGGGAGAAAGGCCGCCGGCUCUUCAAGAACACAGUGCGGUAGCAUACAAGGACUGCCUUUACGUAUUCGGUGGAGAACUAGGCUUUUCCGCGGGCACGGAAACACCACUUUGGGUUUACAAUGUCAAGACGAAUACGUGGAGGAAGGUCAGAGCUCAACGAGGUUGCGCGGUUCCUAGAGGUCGAAGAGGUCAUACGGCCUUGGUCCAUCGAGGUCAAAUGCUCAUCUAUGGAGGUUAUCAAGAUUUACGUGGUAGCUCUCCUGAAUUAUGGGCUUUCCAUUUCGAAACAGAAUCGUGGCAUCUAUUAUCAUCUAGCGAAAGUGGUCCAGCUGCGAGACACAAACACUCAGCCGUUUUACAUGGAGAUACUAUGUAUAUUUACGGUGGUAUGACGGAUUUACAAGAGAGAAGCGAUUGCUGGCGAUGGGACGUUAAUACCGCUUCCUGGUUCAUGCUGAAGAAUAAACCUGGACCAGGUCCACUUCAUGGUCAUGCUGCUUGCAGACUCCCAAGUUGCAUGUUGAUCUUUGGUGGAGAGAGCGGUGGUCUCGCUACCAAUGAAUUAUGGAGGUUUCAUUUCGGUACGGAAACUUGGGAGAAACUAUCUGUACCAGGACCGAAACCUCAACCCAGAGCAGAGAGUGUUGCCCUGGCAGUAUCCGAGCUGUUGAUUCGUGGUACCAGUAGCGAUAAUCCUAAGCCAAGAUUAAAAAAUCAAAGGACGAGAUUGUGUAGUAAUAGAAUAUCACCGAAUGAAGCACCUACGAGGCCUAGUUUUCUUAAAGAAAUCUCGAAAUUGUCGCAGAUCAAUCUGUCAAGGUUGAGUCAUCCAACCAAGUGUAGUUAUUCUGUACUCAGUGGACAGGACGAUAAUGAAGAAAGUCCUCAAGAGGCGAACACGUAUUAUCCGUUUCAGCAAGUGGACGUAGAAGCCGUAGAACCUUCGAUGGGGAUGGUAAAGUCUCGAAGUGCCAAUACCUUAGCUCGUAGAAGACAAAAGCCGCCGGAAACGACGACAAAAGCAACCGAAACUAGCAAUAGUAAUAAUAAUACUGGCAGUGGCAUGACCAGAGAUCCUAUUUCGGUGCCAAAUUUUCGAGCUUUAACGUUACCAACGCCAGUGCUAACACCUGUUGAGGCAGCUAGAUUAGUUUUCGUUGAUCCAGACGAGUUGAGCGAUAGCGAGGAGAAAAAAGAACCACCUACCUCGAGACUGAUCGAAGUUCAGGAAGAAAGGAGAGAUUUUUCUUCCACACAUCACGCUUGUCAACCAACCAGAGGUGAAAGCUACAGUUCUCAUCUUUACGAAGCAGCCCUUCAAACUCCAAAGACACCGACCACGUCUAAAAUACCAACUUCAGCAUCAGUCAGAUUCGCUGACCUGGAAGAAGGCGAGGAAUCAACGUCGGAUUACGCGAGUAUUGAAACAAGGAGUCCAGGUGAUCCUUUGGCUGAAGAUGAUUGGCCUUCAAAUAGAAAAUCUAAACAGUUACGUGCUAUCGUCAGUUCAACGACAAUACGUGAAGGCCAAUUUGGUUUUUGCAAUCCGAAUUAUUUGGGCUUGGACGAGAGCAGGAGUCAUUAUCAGCAACAUCAUCAUCAUCAUCAUCAUCAUCAUCAUCAUCAACAACAACAACAACAGCAACAACAACAACAACAAGACGGAAAAUAUGCGAAGAUGUUGAACAGUCCACCUGAUAGCGUGUUGGAGGAUGAACCUGGCAGGUCAGCCUCGCAAACUUUCGCUGAACUUCUUGAACUUCAAGAAAUCAGAAGGAUUCCCAGAGCACCGCCUAAAAGUUUGCCUUUGGGAUCACCCUCGAGACGAGCUGUUAGUGCCUCCAGGGCCGAAAGGCAAAGGGCUAAGGUCGCAGCUAAUGAUGGAAACGACUCGGGAACACCUUCGUACGGACCUGCGCCUUUAUAUGUCUUCUUAGUCGGUGGUAAAGAAAAGGGUCAGGUCACCGUCUUUGCUAGACCUGUCUCUCUCUGGAAAUUGCAGCUAGCGCCGCACAUUUUUUAGAAAUACCUCGGGGAUCCGAUGAUCAAUUCGAUUAUCGAUCCGAUGACAGCUCUGCGUUCUCAACUUUUUACAAUAAUCGUUUCUCUUACUUUAACUUGCUUUUUUUCUUCAUCAUUUUCUUCGAAAUCAUUUCUGUCACCCUCAAUGAAAAAUCUUCUUUUUUUUUCCAUUUGUACAUCUUUGAAGUAUAUAUGUUAUCAAACGUUCAUCGAUUGGCUCUCUUUAACGUAUUAACUUAUUAACUUAUUUAUUAUUAUUAAUAAUAUAAUUAUAUAAUAAUUUAUUAAUAUAAUUCUAUGGAUAUAUUACAUGUGAAAAAUUUUGCAUUGUCCUUGUAAUUUUCGCAUUACACAAACAUUUUUCUAGUUAGCAGGAAAGAGAAUAUUGAAUUCAAAGAUUUUUACAAUGAAACGUAAUGUAGUAUUUAUUUAAAAAAAAAAAAAAAAUCACGUCACGCCUACAGUCUUUUAUAACGUGCUGUUAUAUCGAUAUUGAAAAGAACAAAAUAUUCGAGCUUGUCGAAUUUUUUUAAACCUUUUUCUCCAAUAUCAUUUUGAUAGUGCUCGAGACGAUUUUCCUUAACGAGGAAAUGUAAACUUUGCAGAAUUAUUUUUGGACGUACGUUUAAUGGAUAUAUAAUAAUUUAAUACAAAACGUACGAUCAAAAAAUGUGAUUGGAGCGUUUAAAUAAAAAAAACGCGAUAAUCGAUAUCGAUCAUAACGAUUUAUCGCAGUUUUUAACUACAGUAUUUUUGUGUCAUGCUCAAAAUCAUUCAAAAGAAAUUGAUCGACAGAAAAUUUAAGAUGUCUGUUUUUCGAUGCUUGUUGUUCUUUCGUGAUACGAAUUCUAGAUAAAAAAAAAUAAAACAAAAAAAUGCAUAGCAUAACGACGACUAAAUUGACUUUUGUAUUUGUCUCUUACCAAUAGAUAGAUAAACGAACCACACGUACCAUGUAUGCAUUUAACUUAGUGUAGAGAAUUGAAAUUACAUUAUGUUUCUUUUUAUUUUCAUUGAUUAUUAUCCACGCUAAAAUUUUAUACUUUUAAAUUAACUCAUCGAUUUCUAUAAUGCUCGGUAACAUAUCCAUAGUGUAUUGAUUUGCUUGACGAAAUAAACAUGCGGUAUCCAUAGAGACAAUUUUUGAAAGAUAUUCCUAUAACGAAAUAUUCUUUUUUAUUUCAGAAUCGUCAAGUACUUUAAUUUUUACAUUAGAAUCAUACGUAAUAAGAUUAAUCGCGAAUAUUAUACUUAUUGACUCAAAGUUCAUAUUGAACCGUUCGAUAUAGCGAGAGAAUGUUUUCAACGUAAAUUUGUAUUAAACGAUCACGAUCAAUGUUGAAAAUUGAAACGCAGAUCAAACCAGCGCAAUAUGAACAUAUUGAAUAGAUAUAUUCGCGCGAAUUUUAACUUUGUAAAAAAACAUACGGGUACUUAUAAUCUUAUCAAAAUUUUACUAACGAUUCGCAUUAGAUUUCUUAUAACAAUUCCACGAUACAAUUUUAUCACAACGUAGUCUAAUAUCUAUAAUUAUAUUAAAUAUCGAUCACGUAAUUAUAUUCCGUAUGUUUAUUUCAACAUCGUUAAGAUCGAUCACACUAAUAAUUCGAUAAGCGCGUACACACGAAAGAAAAUAAUACAUAAUUAAAAAUUAUUUCAAAUUGGCUCGCCUGAUCUGCGUUUAAGUACUAUGGAAUGUGAACUCAAUGUGCGUAGACUAUAAUAUUAGGUUUAAUAUCAGAUUAUAAGCUUAAGAUAGGAUCGACGAUCUUAAGUAUUAAUCGCAAUCGAUUUUCGGUUGUCUUCACAGUGGAUAAUUAAUUGAAAAACGAUUUGUACAGUUCUCUUUCUAUAAUCAUUUUCUUUUUAUCGUAUAAAUGCUAGAAUGAUAAUAGCGCUUGAAAAAUAAUCUCAAUAUUUUUAUUUUACAUUAAGAAAUAAAAUAACAGAAGUAUCCACUGUGGUUGUAUUUACAAUCGUAGAAAAUUAAUUCCGAUAAGCAUAAUGUAAGUAGAAAUGGUGAGAUACGAUGGAAAAUUUCUUGCUCGUAUAGAAUUUUUAUGCCCAAGAAGGCCCAACACAUGUAAUCCAUCCAUAAGUAGCUGAAGGUCAACGUGACUCGUUAUUGGCUGGAUAUUGUUGAACUCUCUUAUGUUAUUAAUCGUAGAUAGUGAUAUUAUUUCUUUCUUUCCUCAUAUACCUCAAUAAUUAUAUUUAUUUUUAGUAGAUAGGACAAAUAAUUUAUUUGUAUAAGUAAUAAGUAGAAUAAGAAAAUCUUUAAAUUAGAAAUCGAUAAGAAUCUAUAGAUACCAGAAUCCGUGCAAUAUUACAUUCAUAAAUUAUACAAUUUUAAAUAAUUGUAUAUCAAGCCUAUCAAUGCUUUAUUAUAAAGAUUGAUUUACUUUUCCAAUUAGGUAGCAUAUUAAAAAGAUUAUUAUUAGAAAGAAGGGUUCUCCAUUAUCCAGCUGCAGGCCACAAGACCCCCGAAAAUCAAUGUUUUCCAUUCGUAGAGCUAGUCAAUUUGAAGUCUCAGUGUACAAAACUAAAGAUAAAUGUUUCAUACUGCGCCCAUGACCCUUUCCCUUCCUUCAAUUUUCCCAAUCAUUGUGUGUAGUUAACGAUCCUUAUGACUGGAUUAACUUAUUAUUGCGUUGAAUACACAUAUUUGCUUUUGAAAAUAUUAUAAUAUUAUAAUAAUAAUUUACAUAAUUGAAAUAUUAUUGUGUAAGAAGUAUUAUCAAUAAUAUUACUGAAACUAGUUGAAGAAAUCACAUUUGAGGCUUGAAUACAUAAAUAUUUUUCAAAACAAGAGUAUAUAAAUCAUUCGUAAACACAAAGUGUUAUUAACAAAAUUAUAAUAACAAGUAUUGUAUCUUUUUCAAGAAUUAUGUUCAAUAUAAUUAUACAUAUCGAGAGAAGAACAUUAAAACAGCCUCUAUAAUGAAACUAAUGUUUAGAAUACAUACGAAUAUAUUGAAAGAUGUGUUCAAUGAUGAAAAACACAUUUGUCAUGUUCAAAGAGUUUAUAGAAAAAAAUUCAAUUUUGGAAAAGUAACAUUUACCAAAAUUCGUUUUUACAAUUUAAUUUAUGAUCUAAUUGUAUAGUGAGAUAUGGUCUUCUAAAAGUUUUACUUAAUUCAUUAAAUAGAUUUUUUCUUUUCAUAAUAUAAUGUGCAUUAAAAAAACGAAUAAUCCAGUAGUCAAUUAUUACCGUCACCAAUGAUAGUUAUUUACAAAAUAUAUCUAUUUAUAUUUAUCAUAUAAACAAUAUUCAUAUGAAGUUAAAAAAAUGUCAGUUGGUUCCCAAAACAGUGUAGCUGAUUUGAGUGCCUACAUAUAUUCUUCGUGCAAAUAUAUGCAUUCAAUAUUUUUCUGGUCAUAAAACAAAUACCAAUGACAGUCUUGCCACAUUGUCUUCUAGCUUAUCAUUCGCAAAAAGUAAAAAAAGAAUAACAUAUAUCGACAAGAAAAAAUGUAUCUCGUUCUCACGAAAUUUCAUACCACGAAAGACAAUAUUUUUCCAUUAAUGAAGCCAUAGUGACGACCUUAAUUACUUUUACAUUUAAUAUUAUAUAUAUGUAAUAUAUAUAUAUAUAUAUAUAUAUAUAUAUAUAUAUAUAUAUAUAUGAUUUCACAAAUAUGAAUCAAUGAUAUCCUCCAUUUAGUUAUCAUGCUACACUUUUUUCUCUUAUUUAGAAUAAACAUAAUUGUAUUCAUGUAAUGUACGAAAACAUAUUCAAAGUUGUAACAUUGUGUUCACUAGCCUUUCCGAUAUAAAGUCUGUGCAAAGAUAAAUGCGCAAAUUUGUCGAAGUAUUUAAACCCAGCAUUUAGCCUUCAAAGAAUAAUCACUAAUGGUACGUUUUAUUUACUUACAUUGUAAUUAAUGUAAUGGUUCUUAACAGUAUAUAAUAUUAUUACAAUUAGAAAUAUAGUGUAUAUAUAUAUAUAUAUAUAUAUAUA